ACUACGGCGAGAUAAAUUUCCGCUUCCUGCACCGAUAAACACCCCCUACCAGCAGCACCAAGUUGGGACAGCGAGAAGACCCACGGACGCGCGGAUUUUACCGCCUGCUUUUGGGUUUAAACGGUUUAAACCCCCCCCUACGACUGCCAUGUUUUCACUAUUAAGCGGUGAAUAGCACCAAACGGCUAAAAACUAUCCGUUUCUACGUGACACAGAGCGUUUUACGCAUUACGAGGACAAAAUAAGCCAGACAAAAAAGGACAACACACACAGAGAAGAAAGGCUACUACGGGUAUUCCUCUUCUUCUUAGCCCCGACUUGAAAGCCUUUUUUCAGCCUCCAGGAUGUCGGAGCGAGGAGGGCUCCCGCGGACUGGGGGCGUCCCUUCGCCGCACAUGCAGCCCUCCAAACCGGUCAGCAUCACCUCCAAUCGGCCGGUCCACAUGAACCUGUACGCUACCUGGGAGGUGGACCGGUCCUCACCCAGCUGUGUGCCGAGGCUGUUCAACCUGACUCUGAAGAAGCUGAUCAUGCUGAAGGAGCUGGAUAAAGACCUCACCUCUGUGGUCAUCGCCGUCAAACUGCAGGGCUCAAAGAGAAUCCUGCGCUCCAACGAGAUCCUGCUGUCCUGCGCAGGCCUGACGGAGACCGACCUUAUGCUCACCUUCUCCCGGCAGUACCCACACUUCCUGAAGAGGGACGCCAACAAGCUUCAGAUCAUGCUGCAAAGACGGAAGAGAUACAAGAACCGAACCAUGCUGGGCUACAAGACCCUCGCUCUGGGUCUCAUCAACAUGGCCGAGGUGAUGCAGCACCCCAGCGAGGGGGCUCAGGUCCUGGGGCUGCACAGCCAGCUGAAGGACGCCUCGGUGCCCGUCGCUGAGAUCAGAGUCUACUCCCUGUCCAGCCAGCCCAUCGACCACGAGGGGCCCAAAGCAAAGAUGUCCGAUCGCUCUCCAGACAUCGACAACUACUCCGAGGAAGAGGAAGAGAGCUACUCGUCAGAACAGGAAGGCAGCGACGACCCCAUCCACGGACAGUAUCUAUUUGACGAAGAGGACGAGGUGAGGAAGAAGAAGCCGAGGCGCAAGCUCCCUUCAAACGCCGCAAUCACCCGACAACCCAACAUUAAGCAGAAGUUUGUCGCCUUGCUGAAAAGGUUUAAAGUCACUGAUGAGGUUGGUUUCGGCCUGGAGCACGUGUCAAGGGAGCAGAUCCAGGAGGUGGAGGAGGACCUGGACGAGCUCUACGACAGUCUGGAGAUGUACAACCCCAGCGACAGCGGGCCGGAGAUGGAGGAGACCGACAGCAUCCUCAGCACGCCCAAACCCAAACUAAGGCCGUUCUUCGAGGGAAUGUCUCAGUCCAGCUCUCAGACGGAGAUCGGCAGUCUGAACAGCAAAGGCAGUUUAGGUCGAGACACUUUCAGCCCGGGGGAGCAGCCUCCUAUAGAGAAGAUGAAAACCUCCCGCAGCCGCAACCUGGAGGAGGCUCUAUCUGAGACUGACACACUGGAGCUAACAGAUCAGGAGCUGUUUGCUGAGGUGGGCCCCUGCAUCACGGUGUCGGUGGCAGAGAAACCCCGUACGCCUCUGAAGAGCAGCAAAAGUGAAACCCAGGCCAUGCCAUCACCAAGGUUGGAUGGAGGCAACACGCCCCGACAGAAGCGCAUCAGCACCCCCAUGAAGGAGAGACAGCUGUCCAAGCCUCUGAGUGAGCGCACCAACAGCUCCGACUCCGAGAGAUCCCCGGAGCUGGGACACAGCGCGCCCCUCCUGAGGAAGGUGGUGUACGACCAGCUGAACCAGAUCCUGUUAUCAGACUCCGCUCUUCCCGAAAGCCUGAUACUGGUAAACGGCACCGACUGGCAAGGACAGUAUGUUGCAGAGCAGCUACAGGUACAGCGACACCCGGUGGUCUGCACGUGUUCCUCCGCCGAAAUCCAGGCGGUGCUGUCGGCCGUGCUCACCCGCAUCCAGAAAUUCUGUAACUGUAACUCGUCCAUGCCCAGGGCGGUGAAGGUGGCGGCGGUGGGCAGCCAGAGUUACCUGGGAGCAAUCCUGCAGUUCUUUGUCACUCAGCUCGCCAACAAGACCUCUGAUUGGCUCAACCACAUGCGCUUCCUGGUCGUGCCUCUGGGCUCACACCCGGUUGCUAAGCACCUCGGCGCCCUUGACAACCGCUACAGCUCCUCCUUCCUGGACGGGGCGUGGAGAGACUUGUUCAGCCGCUCUGAGCCCCCACAGACAGAUCAGCUGGAUGUAGCGGCAAGAAUCUCGCAGUACAUCAGCGGAGCCACGGUCACACACCAGCUGCCCAUCGCUGAGGCCAUGCUCACCUGCAAACACAGGACGCGAGAUGAGGACUCCUACCAGAAGUUUAUUCCCUUCAUAGGGGUGGUUAAAGUUGGUCUUAUCGAGUCGGGUCCUUCUCCAACAGGAGAUACAGACGAGGGCAUGUCAGUGAGCUUGGCCGUCCCCUCCACGUCUCCCCCCUCCCACGGCUCCCCCACGGGGAUUAAAGAGGCGGCCACACCCCCAUCCUCCCCCUCCAUGGGCAGCGUCCUGACAGUACAAGGGAGUCCCAGCAUGUCUCACGGCGUGGACGCCAUCGGCCUGCAGGUGGACUACUGGCUGGCGUCUCUGGCGGAGAAGCGGCGGGAGGGCGAGCGGCGCGACACGGGCGGCAAGAACACGCUGAAGAGCGCCUUCCGCUCGCUGCAGGUCAGCAGGCUACCGGGGGAGGGCAGCAACGACACACAGGCCCAGGUCAGCACCAUGGCCAUGACCGUGGUCACCAAGGAGAAGAACAAGAAAGUUCCCACCAUCUUCCUGGGGAAGAAGCCAAAGGAGAAGGACGUAGACUCAAAGAGCCAGGUCAUCGAAGGCAUCAGCCGACUCAUCUGCUCCGCCAAGCAGCAACAGACCUUCCUCCAAGUGGCAAUAGACGGCGUGGAGUGGAACGACGUGAAGUUCUUCCAGCUCGCCGCUCAGUGGCCCACUCACGUCAAAUACUUUCCAGUCGGACUUUACGGCUACAGCAAGCCCCCCUCCUAGGGGUGAGCACCAGCCGACUCCUCUGACCCUGACUUGACCAUCGACUCUCCUUGAUCCCGUAACACGGACGUGCAAAGACCCCGCCUCAGACCAGAGAGAAGACGUCGAGUGGCCGGACAAUUUUUCUUUCUUUAGUUUCAUUUUGGCUACAGUCGUCUUAUUCGUCAGGAGGAGGAAGAGGGUGGUGUUGGGGUGCUGCGUUGUUACUAGUCACUUUAAUGCCCUUUUUGUUUGUGUGUGUGGCGAGUGUGCAUGCACACGUGAAUGUACAGUGUGUGUGUGUGCGUGUGCGUGUGUGUGUGUGUGUUUACAAGGGGCUUACAGCACAAGUUUAUUAGCUAACUGCCAUUUACGUUUCCGUUCUAUGGAAUGCAAUAGCAUGCAACAACUCACCGAUUUCAAGCCCUUAAAGACCGAACCCUAAACUCUCGCUUUCCUCAAGACCCCAUCCACACGUGCAUGCUCCAAACUAACCGAUACACCACUCACGUGCCGGAACAGAGUAACUCGAAAUAAAAAACACAACAGGGCUUCAGUGUAUGCAUGAGUCGCUGAAAACACAAAGGAAAGGCUCCUGUAUUCACACAAUGCAGUCAAACUAAAGGCUUGCAUGUGAUUUCCUCCACCACACCUACAUCCACAGAUGCCGUUAAAAACAGGCCCAUUAUUAUUAUUUUUUAUUUUAAGGGCUUCCAUAUAAUUUAAAAUAUUUUUUCUGUACCAAAAUAAGUGAUUUGGAUGUCAAAUGCCAAACAGAAAAUAAUAUAUAUAAAUGGGAAGUGUCUUUUUUUAAAUUGUGCUCUUGUGAACAAUAGUUUUUGACGCUGUUUUGUGAUGCAUAGUGUACGUUUUUGUGAAGAGUUCCAGGAUUUCAAAGCAGGGGAUACUACAACGUGCAGUUUUCUUUAUCUUCUCGUUUGCUAUGCACUCACAAAGACUCAUCUGGGUGUUGGCAGAGCACGGCUGGUCAAAAUAGAUCAACACAAGCGAGUAUGCAACGAGGAAAUGCAUAAACAAGUCGAAAAAGAUGUAUAAACUCUGCUUUACCAUGAGUAUCUUCACCGCAAAUAUAGGAUUUUAAACACCUGCAAUAAAGCACAAUGUCGUAUGCCAGUUGUCCCCAAAACAAUAUUCCUUAUUGGCAACAGGGUGGCAGCUUUUACUUCUGUGAAAACAGCAGACCUGGUCAAAGAAAAUCUCAUUUUUAAGCUUUUUCCAUUAUUCUAAAGACUCAUCAAUAAUAGUUAAUUUCAUCAGGAAAAUAUAAAUAAAUAUUUGGGUUGAUGUGAGUACUUUUGGCAUAGGUCUGCUACAUGCUUUCUCUAAGAUGUCGUGGGGUAAUUAGUGAGAGUACAGUAACCGGUAACAGUGUGUGUGGUGAAAUAAAUGUAAUGUUGUUGGAAA